CAAGCACAGACCACCAGGCAGACUCUGACCAGGGUGAAACAAGGCGCUCCUGCAAACAGCUAACACUACUGAUUUCCAGUGGUCAAAAUGAUGUACAUUUGUUUGGUCACCUGGAUUCUCCUCUCUGCAGCCGUUGCUGGAUCAGAUGUGACGCUGUCAGGACAGGUGGGAAGAUCUGUGAGGAUCAAGUGUUCUCACCAGUUCGCUGUCACCAAUGCCAAGUACUUCUGCAGGGAUCCGUGUACAGAUCAGCACAUUUUGAUUAAAUCUGGCCAGCCACCUACCGGGAAAUACAAACUGAAGGAUUUAGGGAAAGGGGUCUUCACUGUGACCAUCGCUGACCUCCAGAAGUCAGACACUGGAACUUACUGGUGUGGAGUGGAGAGAUAUAUGAAGGACACAUAUCGCAAGGUGCUUCUCACAGUUACAGAUGAAGUGACUUCAGCAGCAGCUUCUGUAAAGACAGCGAGGUCUAGUGAACGCUCCACAUUCCCACCACCCACCAUCUCUUUCUCCGCAUCAUCUCCAGCUCAAGAGCCACUCUCCCUGGAACCUACAGGCGGGCAUGCAGGUGUCAUACUGUACACUGUUGCUGGGCUGGUUGCCAUGGUGAUCAUAAUUGGGCUGUGCCUCAUCGCUCUUUAUAAGGUUAAAAGGAUAAACAGGAGCUUCGGAGCUUCAAAUGUUCUGGUUCAUAGACUGUCUACACUCCAGUAAAGAAACCUCAGACUUACGUAAAUUUGCCACAAUAUGAUCUGUUUUCAUCAAGUUUUCAUAAAUGGGUUUUAAAAGGAGAUGUUUUUCAUGCAAUGUCUACAUUCAGUGGUUAGUGGCAUAUCCAUUAUUUUGCUGUCGUUUUCCUGAGCUUUUUGAAGGGUCUUUCUUCAGUCAAUUGUACUAUAAAAGAUGCACCUCAUAUGUAAACACUUUAGCUUAUAUCUACCUCAGACAUAAAUGAAUCACCCAAUAACUUAAACUUAUGCAACUCUGUCUUUACUGAACAUCUCAAGAACAACCAGCCAUACAGAGCCACUGGAGAAUCACACUGAAGAGACUCUGGAGAACCCGCAGUACAGCACCAGCACCUGAAGGAGAGACUAGAUUCAAACAUCCACUCUACAGCCUACUGACAUGCCAAUCACUCUGAUAACCUGCUUAUUCUUCAUGCUGCUUCUCAUGCUUAUGCAGUUUAGAGAUAUUGUCAAAAUCAGAUAUGCUCAUGUUCAAGCAUCACAUUCUUGUCUGAGUGUCAAAUGGAGCCUGUGUUAGGGGAAAUGCCCAUAAUAAAUGAAUUUUCUAAACCUA